AGAAGCGUGCCGACAAGUGCCUGUGAAAAAUUUUGCAGGGACGUGCAAUAUAUUUCUACGUUACAUUAUCCAUAUAGCCAUGGUCCGUCACUCGAAAAACAACACGGCGUCGGGCGUGUUCACGUACGCCGAGCGGCAGAUGGUCGACUACGGCACAAAGACCAAGCGGCUGGGCAGCGACUCGAAGCGCAAGUUCGACGCCUGCUACCUCUGCCUCAGCACCGCGCGCACGCCGAUGCUCUGCCCUCUUGGCCACAUCUCGUGCAAAGAAUGCGUGCUGGCCAGUAUCCUUGAGCAGAAGCAGGCGAUCAAGCGGGCGCAAAAGGAACACGAUGAGCACCAGUCCAAGGAGAAGGCAGCAGAAAAGGAGCGGGAACGGCGGCGCAACGAGCUCGAAGUCCAGCGGCACAUUGAGGGCGAGGUCGGAUUGAGCACGCGGGCCAAGCGGGCGCUGCCCGAAGCCGACGAGGAGACUGCAAAGCCGGCCGAGAAGAAGAUCAAGAUGCUCGAAGCUGGGCCAUCAGAUGCGGGAUCGGCUACAAAGGAGACACCUGGAGAAGGAUCGGUGGCAAGGAGGCCGGUGUUUUCCUUGGCCAACAAGGACAAGAAGCCUGAUCCAGCACUGGACGAGACAAGCACUAAGCCCAAGCUGGCCAGCUUCUGGAUUCCAAGUCUGGCUCCCGAAGCCAAGCACACACCCACCGAUCCCGCAACCCUGUCGGUGCAAUGCCACGCAUCAUCGCCUGCGCACCCCUUAAAGCUGAAGCACCUGGUUCCCGUCAUUUUCCGCGAGUCCGGCGGCGAGAAGCUGUGCCCGUCAUGCGACAAGUCGCUGAAGAACAGCUCCAAGAUCGAUGUCCUGAAACCCUGUGGGCAUGCGAUCUGCCACCGCUGCGUCAGCAACUUUGUGCUCCCGGCUAGCAAGUGCUUUGUGUGCCAGACAAAGGUCAAGCUGGCAGAUGUCGUCCGCCUGGGCUCGGAGGGUACUGGAUUCUCGGGCGGCGGCGGCCAGAUGGUUGCCACCAGGUACGACAACGCACUUCAGGCAUAGAUUUUGGUGUUCA